AUGAGUGGUGACGGAAACAUACUGAAUACGACACUUGACUCUUCCUCUUCGCCUGCGUUUGUCCGCUCGAGUUCCCGGACGGGAACCACCACCGGUGUACCCUCUGCCGCCGCCACCGCUGCGGCGUCAUCUUCAACGUCCACCACCACCACCGCCACCGCGCUGCGUCCGCGGAACCGGCGAAUACUUUCGUUCGUGGAAGAUGAGGGUGCUGGUCUGGGGGACGUGGACGGGCUAGGCGGCAGCGACCCGGCAGCUGCGUCGGUCGCUGCGGGUCUUCUAGGAUCGAAGAGGGGCGGCGGUGGUGGUGGCCCUGCGCCAUAUGCAGUCACUGGUUCUUCAAAUGCGCAACGGCGGUUUGCAGCCCGGACAGCGCCGGGGCCGGCGGGUAAUGAUGCUAGCCGGCGAGCCCCUGCUGCUGGGUUUGCCGCGGAUCUACUGGGAUCUUCGUGGUCGUCAAUCCAGGGGUUCGCGUCGGCGGUGAUGGGCGGCGCUGAUGGCUCGUCCCCGUUAAAGAAUAAGGCGCCAGUAAACGGGUAUCGACGCGCACCGGGUUUGGGGUCAGAGCCGUUUUCGAGGUUUCGUGAUGGGGGUCGCGUCCGGCCUGGGUUGCCGUCGGCUUGGGGUCCGUCUAGCUCGUCUGCGGCAGCGCAAGUUGUGCCUGGCUCGAAGGAGGAGAGGCAUGCGAUUCUUCAGUCGAAGAAGAGGGAAAUGCUAAUGCAGGUCAAUGGUGAUUCCAUACCGGAUACUCAGAGUAACUACAAAAGACGGUCAUCUCUCGAAGAUCCUUGCUGCUCGGCAGUUGGAGCGCCAGUAGAGCAGGACGACGGCGAUGCUUUGGUCUAUAUACACCAGGUGCAGCCGAAUGAUAGCCUUACUAGCGUUUCAAUACGUUAUGGCUGCCCACUGCCCGUUGUCAGGAAAUCGAAUGGCUUCUGGCCAAGUGACAGCAUCCAGUCUAGAAAAAUAGUUGUUUUACCCGUUGCGUCUUGUUCGAUAAAGGGGCGGCGAAUCCCUUCUAAUCGAGACCUGAACCAAUCGGCACUUAGCAGAGGGACUGCUGCUGUAGAUGAUCAUGUCGAUGAUAGCAGUUCCCUGAUGCCCAGUGCGUCGUCGACAGCCCCAUUCGGACGCGGAGACUUUGUCUCUGAACCCGAUGACCCAUUUUCGCCAUCCAAGUCGGACAAACGAUCCGACCCUACACCUCUCUGGAUACAUGAGAGCUGGGUGAACGUUCAAGGACACUCCUCGCCUGUCGAGCUAGGCCGCGUGCCCAAACGGACGUUGGGAUUUUUCCCUAGAGCCCGACGAAAAUCUCAAGGACAUUCAGAUGCCUAUUCUGAUUUAGACUCCUCUUCUCCUGGGAGAAUGGCCCUGGGAUCAAUACACUCUCCACAGACGUCUCACUUUCGAGACCGGUCAGUAUCUAGGUCUAAGCACGCUUCCCCUUAUCGUCACCCACCUCGUCACGGCAUAUUUCUUUCCGGGCCUGGAGGAGUUGGCACUCUGGACCGUAAUGUUACCGGUCCAGGACCUGCCCCCGACAAGUUGAACGCCUUUGUCAGUACUCAUUUGCCAAAUCUAGCAAUCCCCCCUCCACCAACCGAUGCCCACAACGAGUCACUAUACUCUGAUUCUGCAAGCAAUGCAUCCACAGCGCAUUCCAAUAUCGGCAUCGAGAACAUCGGUGGAGCAAUUGAAGGAUGGUUCCGCAAGGUUGCAACAAAAGCCAAAGUCGGGCUGAAUGAUUUCCAGCAACCAGCCCAACCGCAUGGCUAUUUGGGCAUCGGGGGCAAUGGGGAUCUUAUUGAGAUGGAUGAGACGUCUGACAGUGGCCCCACGGGUACCCUCAAGGUAUCUGAGCAGACCCGAGGACGCAUGAAAACUUCGUCAUCAGAUGUGUUGAACGGCUGGGGCAAUCAUUCCACGCGUGGUCGGAACAUCGCUAGAUCAAGAGACAUCAGUCGCGCGAAAGACGACUAA